AUGUGGUUGGAUUGCACCCUGUAUUACUGCAAGGCCAUGUCGACAUGCCCUGAUAUUUACGCACUUUCCGACACUUCCCCUUGCACCAGUGUGAGACUGCUACCCCACGUCGGCACUCCGGCUCCGACACCAGCUCCGUCGCCGGCGCCAGCUCCGACACCACUUCCGACGCAACCUCUGACACCAGAACCAGCGCCAGCUCCGACACCAUCAGCGGCAGCGCCACCUCCAGCGGGCGGCGCAGGCGCCGGGGCUCGGGCCGCGGGCGACCCCCAUCUGCAGAAGAUCCAUGGCGAGCGGUUCGACCUGAUGAGGGCGGGCGAGCAUGUUCUGAGAAGCAUCCCUCGUGGGGCGGCUGCUGACAGCGUCCUGCUUCGCGCGCAGGCCGAUGCGCGCAAGUUGGGCGGACAAUGCACGGACAUGUACUGCCAAAAGCUCAACGUUACCAGAUCUUGGGCAGAGGCCAAGAAACCGGAGAGUACCAUGGCAGCGUAUCGCAACAUGACGUCAAGAUGCCGGAAUGGGUUGCCUUCGGCGAGGUCGAGUUUCAAGUCGUUAAUGUACGGACGGUGGUUUGCUUUACUUGAGUUUGUACGUGAAGCAUUUGGGCCGAGCGGGAUUCUCAGUCGGAGGUCUUCUGGGCGAAGACGAUCACGAGGACGUGAGCACCGCUCCUGA